GAUACAGUCGGAUAUCCUGUGUGGGUGUUUUACUCUAACCUACAUCGUUUUGCAUACCUAGGCGAAAUAUAUAAACGUUUCACCAUACGCCCCCGUGGCUUGGCAUUUAAUUAGAUCCCCGGGGUGCGGAUCAUUUUGGCACCGUGUCUGCGUGCAAGCGAAACCGGCUGUUUUAUUUGCUCCCGGAGCCCUGGCCGCGGUCCUCGCGCGACUUCACUUCUGCACCGGCGGCGCGGGAGGAAAAUCGAGCCCGCAGUCCAGCUGCUGCAGCUGGGCUAAAUUGUUCUGCACGACUCCGACAGGCGACAAUCUAAGCGCUGCAGCCGCCGACAAGCAGAGUGUAAUGUUUUGGUCGAUGUGGGAGUCGCUGUGGGAAUGAGACUGCGUGGCAGGGAUUUGGAGGAUUCCACUGUCUCCUGGAUACCAAGCGUCCUGGGUGUGCAGAGCGUCAGGCUCCGCCUUCGCCUCGAUCGCCGUGACGACAGGGGGAGAGGCCUUUGGCAACUGGUUGACCUGGGAGAGGAAGCGCAGAGUGGGUGUCGGAUACGAGACAGGACGCCUCCUACUUGUUCUCAAAGUCUGAUGAGUAUUCCUGCUGCUGCAUCAGUUCAGUCAGGGGGUGGAGAGAUGCAAUCACCUGGGGCCAUUAGCCCCUCCUUCUUCCCGCCCCCAAGUGGAAAAGUUCCAGGUCGCAAGAGGGGUCGCCCACCCCUAAAGAGGCACCCAGAAUAUCAGAGUCGCUACCCAGAAUCCCUCCCACCCAUUAAAGUGCCUAAGAAGAGAGGGAGGAAGCCUGGCUUUAAGCUGAAGUCUCGCUUGAUGACACCCCUAGCCAUCUCUCCUCCCAGCAGCACCCCGGAGCCAGACAUGAGUUCAAUUCCCCAGGACGCUGCUACUAUCCCCCACUCAGCCACCCCACAGGUCCUCACAGUGUGUAUCUACGUGAAUAAGCAUGUGAACACGGGUCCUAACCUGGACAGGCAGAAGGUGCUGCAGCUGCCCGAUCACCUGGGUCCUGCCAGGCCCUCUGUGGUGCUGCAGCAGGCAGUACAGGGCUGCAUUGACAGCGCGUUUCAGCAGAAAGCCGUCUUCACCCUGCUUACUGAGGGCUACGGGGGAGAAAAGAUCUCAGCCACCUUUGAUGGUAAGCAGCAUUUGUUGAGUUUGCCAGUGGUCAACAGCGUGGGCUACGUCCUACGCUUCCUCAAGAAGUUGUGCCGAAGCCUGUUGUGUGAGAACCUCUUCAGUGACCAGCCUAUCGCCCCUUCAUCGUCUCCCUCCUCCUCUUCUUCAUUCCACGCUGAAAAGCACUCAGACGGACAGCCCAAGUCAAACUCAAUGGUGGACGAUUACCAUGGCGAUUCAAUGGACCCAAAGCGCUAUUCGGUUGACCCCAGUGACUCUGCCUAUGGUGCAAUGUCCUCACCGUACACAGCGAGUAAACCUGCGUACGGUUUUCGUUCUGCCACUGCCUACUCUGGAGGUGUGUGCAGGCAGGCAGCCAGUCCCAGCACAUUCCAGGAAGGAAACAGAAGUGCCUACAGUCCAUCCCCAGAGGGAGGGGAGGCAAAGCCCCCACCCAGUAAGGAUCCCUCCAGGUGGAGCGUGGAUGAGGUGGUGUGGUUUAUCAAGGAUGCAGACCCUCAAGCGCUGGGCCCUCACGUGGAUCUCUUCAGAAAACAUGAGAUUGAUGGGGAUGCUCUUCUUCUCCUGAAAAGUGACAUGAUCAUGAAGUACCUGGGACUCAAACUGGGCCCAGCUCUCAAGCUCUGCUACCACAUCGACAAGCUAAAACAGAACAAAUACUGACCUGUCUCUGCACCCUAUAAACACACAGAUGGAUCCACUCACAGUAUUUACUGUCAUACUCAUUUGUUGUAGUACAGGAUUUUGUCCCCCCGCCCCCCCACACACUCUGGUCAUUUAAGGACAAGUACCAGACCUUUUUUUUUUUUACUUGCCUGGUUCGUCUGCCUGUAUAUUGGGACAUUUUACUGACCAGAACAUUUCCUUGUUCUAAUUUUAAGUCUACAAGCGUUUUAUUGAUUACUUGAUACUGAACACUGCUCUAAUCAAAUGGCAAGUCAUCUCAGCUGCUUUCUGGGAUUUGAGUUAUUUGUCCUCAAGCCAGAGUUAUGCAGAUGAGUUAUAAGUGUAAAUCUUGCUUUUUCAAAUGCGUCAUAACAAACAUAUUAAGUCGCAGACAAAUGAGCUCCAAUUUUUUCAGAGCCAUGGACUCUGUCUAAAUCCCUGUGAACUUCCGCCACCUGCUGGUGAAGUGGAGUCACUGCAGCUCUGUGAUAUUUACUACCAUUGUAACCAGGAACCAUUUAUUUUUUUUUUUUUUUUUUUUUGAGAGCUACUUCAAAGGCCGUUAACCUGGGAGAUCAGUAACAAACAGAAUUCAGCAUUGUGCUUUUGACUGAACAGAUACAGUACGCACAGUUUUGGCAGGGUACAACUAUGAACAGUUCCUUUUUGCAACCAGCAAAUAACAGGCACAAAUGCAACUUUCCUCGGCAAUGGACCAUUCACGUCAUCUUUGGAAAGCCUCCUUGGCAGCCUAAAUCAGAACUAAACAGGAUACACUACUAGGCAGUUAAAAAUGGUGCAUUACAAACCUAGUAAUGCAUACCAGGUGCUGUUUCUCAACAAGCAAGUCAAGUUAAUUAAAACAACUAUACUGGUACAGUACAUUUCUUACUGUGGACCAAAUACACUGAGAGGUCUCAUUAGUCCCAAAAUUUCUUGUUUUUCCCUCUUUUCUUAUUCUACACAAAUGUCAGCUUAUGAUUUUCUUAGAAAAUGCGAAGCACUUUACAAUAAUGUUCAGUUCAUUCAGUGCAUUGGGUAUCAUGAACUAACAAUGAGCUAUACUUUUACAGCAUUUAUUAAUCUAGGUUAAUGAUAAUUACUACAUAUACUACUGUUUAUAUGUUUGGGGUCCGUAAGAAAGAAAGUAAAUUAUUAUUUUUUUCAGCAAAGAUGCAUUUAAUUGAUCAAAACUAACAGUAAAAACUAAUUGAUAUGAAAUCUUAAUCAUCAUACUAAAUUGAUUUCUGAAGGAUCAUGUGACACUGAAGAUGAGUAAUGAUGCUGAAAAUUCAACUUUGACA